AUGAAACUCAAAGUAUCUUUGUUGAUUCUGGUGCUUGGAUACUUCAAUGUGCUCGCUUCGGGUGAGACAACUAUUACAGUUACUCAUACGAACUAUGUCACGGCAGGCUGCCUUCCUGCUGGUGCAGCAAGUGUGUUAUCUGACAAUAAUGAAGGUUUAACUACUGGUAUCCCGAUCGUGUUUGUUUAUGGCAGUUCUGAAGAGACAGGAAUCGCACUGCCGCAGCUGUCAUUCCUGCAAAAAAAGUUCCUUUCUACAUCAACGGAAGAAGAUGCAGAAACAACGACACGCUGUGUACGUAAUGUGUGCACAACCUCAAAGGUCCAAGUGAAAGGGGAAGCUUCUGCUUCAUCAGUUGAUAUCGAUUAUCUCAGUGCAGCUAUUACUACCCUUUACGAGGGAAAAACUACUACUAAGACUAUUUACACUUGUCCGACAUCUCCCAAAUCGUUAUUCGAGGCCCCAAAACCUACCGAAUCAAUAACUAGUACGCAUGUCAAUCCCCUCAUUACAAAACCUGCUAUCUCCAAAGCUAUAACGACAACAAUAGUACCUGAUUUAAGUGCAAUCGAAACGGGGUCUGAAUUCUCAGAUGAUUACAUCACAGAUGAUUCAAGUUUUACCUCCUCAGUUAGUAAAAAUGGGGUUGACCCUGCCAUCACAUUGAGUGACAGUUACAUUUCAGAAGAGCUUAGUAAUACUGGCACAAUUGAAUUUAGUAUAUCGGACGAGUACAGUGAGUACCCGAUAUCGGAAGCUGAACUGUAUACCACUGGUUUCGAUACUAUAGAACCGUCGGCAACUGCAGAUAUCUAUAGUACAACGGAUUCAUUGCCUCUGUCUAGUUCAGCAUGGUAUCCUUAUUAUCGUAAUACUAGCUCCUCAGAAAGCUAUGAAAGUACUACUUUAGCUACUUCAUCGACUGGUAGUUCCAGAUCGUUGCCUAGAUUUCUCUUGAAGGCAACAUCGUCUACUGCCUCUUCUACGUCCUCAAAAACUUUAACCAGCAAGUCUUCGUCAAAGACAACGAGCAAAUCUUCAUCUUCAACAACGAGCAAGACGUCGAGUAAAUCUAGUUCGAAGGCAUCGACAACUACUUCCAGUUCCUCAAGCUCAGCAACUUGUGCCAAUCAUAAUUCCAAAGGAUAUUCUACUUAUUCGGGUGACCUUUUUAAAAUGAUCUCUAAUGAUAGUCCUCCACUGGUCUUCGCAAGAAAGGAAUUGCCUUUAACCAUUCCAUCUGGUGUAAGCACAGGUUCUCCGUUUGGAACUAACAAGUUUUACGCUAAUUUAUUUUUAGGCUCUCAAACAGAUAUGAUCUGGUCUUAUCCUUAUGGCAUGUUUUGGAAGAAGCUGGGUUACUACGGAUUUGCUGUGCAGCAUACAAUCCCUAGCAACAGGGUUUACGGAUCUGUAGACACUAAUAAUCCUGGCGUGUCAUCUUAUUAUUUAAACCCUACCUUUAUUCCUGAGUUGAUUUUUUCGUCAACUACUAUUUCAAAGACUUCUAACUAUUUGAGGUUAUCAAACAUGGAAAGUAUGUCUGUGCUUGCAAGUUUAUCGAGGUCUUCCUCCGACACAACUAAUAGAGUUGAUAUUCCUAUCGUUCAAGGUAUGGGUUUCGCAACUGGUAUUUAUUAUGGAAACUUCGUCGCUGAAAUUAAAUCACUGAUUGGAGUUAAGACAAUGGUCCAAGAAACAUCUAGCUCGCUUCAGUCUACCACUAUCAAAUAUAGAGCUACUCUUUUCAAUGGAGUGGAGUGGUUGAUAUAUGUCACGAAGCCAUCCGCUUCUACUUCUUUCUCAUUGAAAGUCAGCGACUCGAACCAUAUCGUAGGCUCCAAAGCAGUCGACGGUUUGAUUAUUCAGUUUUCGGUUGCACCAUCUUCUUCAAGCAAGGAUACUUAUUUGGAUGAAGCGGCUGGAAUGUACGUGACAGAUGCAAAGAUUCUGGGAACUGUUGCAAGUGGGGUAUCGGCUUCCUACGGUUUCACUUAUACCACAAAAGGUUCUUCACGUUCUGGAAAACCGAUAGUUUAUGCAUUCCCACAUCAAAUCGAGUCUUUGAAUUCUGCAACUGCAGCAACUUCAACGGGAAUAACCCUUGCGUCAACCACAAAAGGAACGAUGGAAGCAUUCUUGACUAAGACCCUAUUCAUGUCUGAGACUUUAGAAACUUCGAUGCAGUACUUGCCGUGGGUCCAAGGAAUGACAAGUGCGCCUACGUACACAUCUGCUCAACUUAGCUUAAUAGCGAAGGCUGCAACUACUGAAGCUGCCGUUGACAUCGCAGCAACCGUGAACUCGAUGAAUUCUAAUUACUUUUCAGGUAAGGUCAUUGACAAAUAUGCUUACAUUCUAUUAGUGGUAAGUGAUAUCAUCAAAGAUAAGACAGCCACGGCUAGCCUUUUGCUGCAAAUGAAAACUGCUUUCAAAACAUUCACAAGCAAUAAGCAGUAUUAUCCAUUAAUGUAUGACACAAAAUUCUUCGGAGUUACAUCAACUGCUAGUCAAGGGGGAGACACUGGUGCAGAUUAUGGGUCCGGUUACUACAACGAUCAUCAUUUCCAUUACGGUUAUUUUGUUCACGCAGCCGCGAUAGUUGGCUAUGUUGAUAAGAAAGCAGGGGGGACCUGGGCAAGUGACAAUAAGGCGUGGGUGAACUCCUUAAUCAGAGACGUUGCAAAUCCCUCAACCAGUGAUACUUAUUUCCCGGUGUCCAGAAUGUUUGAUUGGUUUCAUGGUCAUUCUUGGGCUGCUGGCCUUUUUGCAAGCGGUGAUGGUAAAAAUGAAGAAUCCUCAUCAGAGGAUUAUAAUUUUGCCUAUGGUAUGAAACUUUGGGGAAGUGUGAUUUGUGACAAUUCAAUGGAGUCAAGAGGAGACUUAAUGCUUGCAUUGAUGUCUCGGUCGAUGAACAAAUAUUUCUAUUACAAGAGUGACAACACAGUUGAACCAUCACAGAUCCUUCCUAAUAAGGUUAGCGGAAUUCUCUUUGAAAACAAAAUUGACUACACAACUUACUUUGGCUCGCCUUCUGAUCAUCCUGAAUAUGUCCACGGUAUUCACAUGUUGCCUAUCACCCCUGCAUCAUCAUUGAUUAGAAUCCCCUCUUAUGUCAAAGAAGAGUGGACUGAUCAAGUGUCUACAUUUAUCAGUAAAGUUAACAGUGGAUGGACAGGUAUCUUGUAUCUUAACAAGGCUUUAUACGAUGCAUCCUCAUCUUACAGUUUCUUCUCAUCCAGCAGCUGGUCUGAUACUUACUUGGAUAAUGGACAAAGUAGAACUUGGGCAUUGGCCUUCUCAGGUGGUGUCAAAAACUCCUCCUAG